AUGCGCGAUUAUUUUAGUGAAAAUCCGUUGUACAACGAUGCACAAUUUAGGCAUCUGUUUCGUAUGAGCCGUGGUUUCUCUGGAAUUCAAAAGUGUAUUGCCGCAAUUCGACAACUUCCGUACGACACAGCGAGGGAUGCGUGGGACGAAUAUUUAAGAAUAUCGGCCAGAAGUUGUCUUGACUAUCUUGAAAAUUUCUGUGAAGGUGUUAACUUUCUUUACGGGAGGCGAUAUUUGAGGAUGCCAACCGCUACCGACUUUCCAUUUUUAUACGAGGCCCAUCAGCGGAUACACGGGUUUCUCGGGAUGUUGGGUAGUCUUGAUUGCACGCACUAG